AUGGUUUCAAAACCAAAGCGCGUUGCUACUGCAGCAGCAAGAAAGGCGGCUGUACGCAUGCGUGCAGCCGGAGAGAGUACUUCUUACACCUCAGCAGCAGGUGAUUCGUCGCCUGUUGUUGUUAACAGUCCACGUGGUGAGUCACCACGUGCGACAAGUACAUCCGCUGCGUCUGCAGAGGGUACCGCGAAUCGUAAUUCAAAUGAGCCCGAAAUAGAGCUCAUCUAUUCUAGCGAGUCGGAUGGCGUAUCCGACUCGAAGGCGACACCUCACGCCUCCGGAUCACCCGAAGCGGACACUGCAAGAGCCAGGUUGAAUGGCUCUGGUCAACGUGGCGGCAUCAGGCUCGAGAUUUCGGAUCGAGCGAUUGUUCCGACGAAACCUCACCUCGCGCGAGUCCAUCCAAAGAUAGGACGAGUGGGGAUGGUUGUGAUGCACCUAUACAUCACCACGAGCGAAGUAACUCGAGAAAUCGAGAUGUCACUGGUGUUAGUGCUCGUGCUGACACCAAUCAAGAGGCCAGGGACCGACAUGUCCUGCGCCGCGCUCCUCAAGAAGAUCUGCCCACCUGAUUUCAACACGGAAACUAUCCGCGCAAAAAAGGAUUUCUACACCGACUUGUUCUUCAAACAUCGGUGGUACAAUGGCAGCCGUGGUCGAGACGGCAAGGCCUUGGUGCAAGGAUGGAAUGCCCUCAUCCAUUACAUCGAGUGCAUUGUCCGUGAGGCCUGCCUAGGUAAACUUGAUGCAGCUCGCAUCAGGUUUGAGAAGCGCAAUACAGUCGGGGUGCGAUCCAAGUUGUACCGGCUGUCAAGAGAGGCAGGAUUACCCUGUCUCUCGUGGGGUGAUUCGUGUCCAGGUUGCCUGGACAACUCGAACCGUGCCCCUAGGGAGACCUACCUCCCUAAUGAUCCCUACUGGACGGCGCGCAUCUCUUCUGAGAUGGGCAAAGAGAUUGACACUUUGCGAGCCCUGUACUCGCGUUUGGGGAGGUCGUUUUCUGACGGCUCUUCUUCAAACACAGCGGGUGGGUCUCGUCAUAUUGCACGACGAGACCGAUAA